AUGUCUUCAAUCAACUGCUCCGUUGUCGAAUCAUAUCAACGAUCUGAAAUGGAAGAUGAAGAAGUUCUAACAAAUGCUAUUGAACGAUUAAUCGAUGAAUUUUUAUCUAAACCUGGUCGACGUCAACCUUACAAGAGUUUUUUUCGUUGGACCAUCGCUAAUCGUACUAUACCACGUUACCAUGUGGUACUCAAAAUUGAUCAAGAUUCUCCAUCCACCUCGUAA